AUGCAGAAUGAUGAAAGGGAAAUCCAUGAUAAUGAUAAGAAAGACAGUGAGUAUUUCUUCUCCGCGGGCCUAGUAAACCAUUCAGAAAAUCCCAAAGCUUGCUCACUCCUCAUUAAUGAGUCGUUGUUAGAGCCUGAAUGGCUACUGAAUGAUGGAAUCAAAUCAAGAUUAGCUCGUCAUUAUACCAAGACAUCGGUCUUCUCUUCUCCUUCUCAUUCAUUCACCCGCGCGAAUGUAGAGAAUGUUGAUCAAGACAUCAAACAACCUAUGCGUAAUAAGGUACUAGAAAACGCACCUAGUGACCCCGCGCCGUUUCCACUCAAGCUCUCCAAGGAACUCAGCCAUGAUACUACUCAUUUACCUAAGGCUCAGACCCCAGAUUACCCACUUUUUACCAGAUGCUCUGAGCGACGUCGUCAAACUGUAGAUACCACGGCUCAUGCAUAUCUACUCAGAUAA